AUGGUUUUAAUUUAUGGAGAAUGCCACCAAAACACGUCCCUGGCAUUACGAACAUACCGAGAGAGGUAUAAUACCACAUGUGUAUGUCCUACAGACUCACGGAUUUUUAUACGGGCAGUCCAAAGAUUACGUGACGGCGAAAAUUUGAUUCCACGUCAGGUUGAAAUUCCUCCGCGAGUCGCCGUGGCUCAGGAAGAACGAAUAUUAAAUUAUUUCGCUCGUAAUCCAACAUCAAGUCUCCGUAGAUCAGCUCGCCAAUUCUGUGUACACCACAAGUCUGUUCACAGAAUAUUAAAAAAAAACAAGCAACGGCCGUUCAAAUACGUAAAGGUACAGGCUUUAUUAGAUAGAGAUAAGCCAGUUAGGGAAGCCUACUGUGAAUGGCUCCUGAGCAAAGUAGCUAAUGACUCUAACUUUUUAGCAAACGUAAUGUGGACUGACGAGAGCACAUUCACGCGUAACGGAAUAUGGAAUCGGCAGAACUUACGAUACUGGAGUCAAGAAAAUCCGCAACUGUGUCGAGAGUCUAUGCACCAAUAUAGAUUUGCCGUUAAUGUUUGGGCUGGAAUACACGGAGAUCAAAUAAUUGGUCCCGUGUUUAUCGAAGGCAACCUUAAUGGGCCUAAAUUUUUGGAACUGCUUGACGACACAGUGGCGGAUUACGUUGAUGGACUAUCGUUGGGGGCCAAUAGCCGGUUAUGGUACCAGCUUGAUGGAGCACCUGCUCAUUCAGUGGUGGCUGCCAGGCAGCGCUUCACUGAGAUGUUCGGAGAGAACUGGAUUGGCAGAUACGGACCUUCUCGGUGGCCAGCACGGUCUCCGGAUUUAACACCGUUAGAUUUCUUUUUAUGGGGUUACAUAAAAAAAUGA